AUGGCUUCCACAGGACGGUCCAUAAGAGCAAUGAGUGGAAGGAGCGUUGAAAGCUUGUUUAACACCCAGCUUCCGAGAGGACCAGUGCCUCCAUCUAUGCCUUCACCAUGCCAUAACAAGCUCGACCUUCAAAAUCAAAGCAAGCUCUCUGACCCUC